CAUGGCAACGAGUGCAUGUAGUAAAUAACUAGUCUGCGACUUAUAACCGGGUAUCAAAGUAAAAGUAUACAAUUGUAGGCAUAGUAUUGUCUAUCAUUUGUGUCACUAUUGAUGUAAUUUUGAACAAUGUCCCUGUUUCGAACACGAGAAUGGUGGAGAACAGAAUGCGGUGGCGGUCAGGAAAUUUUUGACGGCAAAAAUCUUCUGGUCGUGCCGCUGUUUGGUGAGGAUAAAAAAGAUAUUAUUGUUGUGUCAAGUCACAGUGGAUUUUUGAGAUUGUACAGUCCGUCGUCUAAAUGGGACGACGAAAAUGUCAACCCAACUGGCUAUCAAUUAACGGAUUUGAUUAUCGAAUCGCGAGUCGCGGAUUGCAUCGUUGAUGUCAAAGCUGGGAAAUUUGUCUCGGGUUCUCAGGAUCUACGAUUGGGUAUUCUGACACCCAGCAAGCUUCUCGUAUAUGCAGUUACUUUUAGUCCAGGAUCAACCGAGCAUGGCGACCGGUGUAUCCUGGAAGUAGUUUAUGAGCAUGAAUUACCCCGUUUUCCGGCAUCGUUGAUAGCUGGACCUUUUGGCGGUGCUCGAGGCCGGGAUUUCUUCUGCGUUCAGUGUCUUGAUGGCACGAUGCUUUUCUAUGAACAGGAAAUACACACAUUUCAUCAAGUUUUAAAAGACCGUUUGCUACCAGAGCAAGUUGCAUAUGUACCGAGGAAUGACGUUUUUAUCACGUCGAGUCCUGGAUGGCUGCUUGAAUGUUACAGGUAUCAAAAUAUCGCGGAAUUUGGUAGACUUGAAGAAGAGCGAAAAAAUCGUAUGGAAAUAAAUGGAAAAGCCAGCAGUGAUAAUGGAGAUAAUGAUAACAGCAUAAAGUGGCUUGAACCUGACUGGACUUAUAAUCUCGGGGAAGCAAUACUGGGUAUCCAAACAGUGACGUUAAGUAGCUUUGAGGUCGGAAUUAUCGUCCUCGGUGAGAGAAAUCUCUACUGCUUCCGUGACAAUUGUACGAGUGUUAAAUAUGCUAAGAAACUUGAUUACAGUCCUGUGUGUUUCCACGCUUAUGUAAUUGAGCCAGACGGCAAACUGAUGGUUCUUGUCGUCGCCGACACGGACACCCUGCUGGUUUACGAGGGCGCAACACUAAAGUGGUCCGCGCAAUUGCCUUUCACACCUGUCGCAAUUGUACGCGCGCAUUUUCAGCAUUUAGAAGGAGUACUUGUUAUUCUUUCUGAAGAAGGACGGAUAGAAGCCUGCUACCUUGGCGCCGAACCGUCUCUGUUUGUCGCACCGCCUCUUCAUUCCCGGGGAUUCGAUUCAAAAGCCGCGCAAAAAGAACUAAUGGAAUUAAGAAAACUUUCUAAAAAAGCUAGCUCAGAUAACAUGACAAAGGCAGUAAUGGAAUCGGAGAUAACAAUAAAGUCCACAAUAGACGUAACUAAAGAUCCGCAGCUCAAUACAGACGGAGAAAUAAAAGAUUACUCGUCAAUGGUCACGUCACCCAGUUGCAAAAUAAAUAUCGAGUUGUCAUCAUACACGAUUAUUAAAGACGUCGAAGUGAAUCUUCAAGUAGUCAAGCCUUUGCUAGUAAAUGAAGACUUUUAUUCAUUUCCUAGCUUACGCGAUCGUCAACAGAUUUCCGUAACCGUUAAUAUAAACGGCAGAGAAACAGUACUGUCAUCGGAUUUACGACUUACGGCAUCUUACGAAACUGACAAAGGCGAUUUGCGAGUAAUUGAAAAAAUAAUUCAAUUGCCUUUGAGAAUGUUCGUCCGAAUUUGUCCGCCAGAAAACGCGACAACUUUUUCUGCGACUUUUAAAUCAUCGAAUCCACUUCUUAAUUUCAGUCAACUUUUUCCAGAAUUAUUAGUCGACUAUUCACAGCGACAGUCAUCAUCUUCGACUUCAAAUGCCCUGGGGUUACGUCACAUUAAUUCAGGACGAGUUGUAACAAUAGUAUUAGGCACAAAUACAAACCGAUACCGCGUGCAAUCAAACGAUGCGCUCUCGAUGACCCUGAUAAUCCAGCAGCUGUUGAGCAGACUGUCUUCCCGACUUAACCCCAAUCCGACUCCGGGAAAUAUUGUCGCGUCCAUCAGUCAGAAUAAUUUGCAGCUGGUCCAGGGGCACAUUGAGUCCCACUUUGUAGCUCGUCAACAAGUUCACCAGAUCUCGAGUGAGAUUGCAUUGCUGACAACUCAGCUGAGGAAUAUAGAGAAGCGAAUACUCCAGAGCAUGCGGGAAAGAAACUCGCGAUCCUUAACGUCAACUGGUCUUUCAAUUCUCUUAGAAUCGACUUAUCAAUUGAUGUUUACGCAAUUUAAUCAACUUGAAUCAGCACAAAUGGAACUUCAUCGAGCUGCACAUGAACUGUACGGUAGUCUGAGAUUAGUCCUUUUGCUCUCGCGGACAAAUAUCACAGACGAUGAUAAGUACGGAUUACUUGAAGCUGCAAUCGGCUUUGAACCACAGCCACGUGACAGUAUUGAUUGGGAGGAAAUAGCGGAGGUGACAUUGGCGGCGCUUUUGCGCGGAACUUCAAGAAAAUCUGAGCAUGAGUCAUCGGUGAGACAAGUCAGCUGGAACGAAUUCAAAACAACGAGGGAUUUAGCUAAACUUAAGAAACGAUUUAUCCACGCUGUUGAUCGGCUUAGCAAACCGUCUGAUGACAAUAGUGUACUUCAAGAAGACGAAUAAUUUUAUUUUUCUGUACCAUAUAUAAAUAAAAACAAAUGUUUAGCUACACGGAAAGAAUUUUCGUAUGAAUAUUGCUAUGUUAUUUAUUCUAAAAAUUACUUUAAAUCGAGUAAUCUUGGACCAUCACGACUUUUUACUUUCGGAUUACGAAAUUUUACUCUUUCAGUGAGUAAAAAUCAAUCAGAUUAAUUUUUACUCACAAUUACGAGUAAAAAUUACACCUAGCGGCUGUCUGAAUAAAUUCUCUCUAAUUCAAUUUUUAUUCGUAGGUUAUGAUAAAAAGUUGAUGAUUCAAUUUAUAAAAUUUGUAUUGAAUUACAAUAAAAAUUACAAUUAAUAGGCUGAAAUUUUCAUAAAAAAUCUAAAAAUCAUCUAAUCGCUUUAGAAUAUGACUUAAAAUAAAUAUUUUGAAAAAGAAUAAAAAAAAAAUUACUCUUAUUGUGUUGAAAAAGAAAAGAUACAAAUUUUUUUUUAAUUUUAAAAUAAAUAUUAAGUUGUAGAGAGAUACAGAGAUCGUCUUUUUUUCCAAGCCUACGUUUGUGUGCGUAACAUGUAAGUUGUCGCGAGCAAAAUAAAAGACAUUUAAUUGAAGCCGAUAUUAACCGAAGAUUAACGAAGACUACUGAAAUAUUACUCUGCAGUUUAGAGUAAAAAUUACUCCCAUAGAUAAGAAAAUUUAUUCGAGUUAUAAGCAGUUUUUCAUCAAACAGUUAAGGUUUAAAAGAAUGGUAUAUUGGGGAGUAAAAAUUAAUCGCAUGGAGUAAAAAUGAAUAGAUUAAGAUGAAAUAUUCACAAUAAUCGAUUAAAUAUAAGACUUUUAAAAAAUUACUCAGUAAUAGAGUAAUACAUAGUCAAGCAACGUUAAUAUUUGAACAAUAAAUAAUAAAUUUAAAACAAAAAAUACCAAUUUUUUGCAGCGGCCCAGGAUUACUCAAAAUUACAGAGGAAUUUUUAUCAAAAAAUUAUUUCCGUGUACAGUCUAUAGAAAAAUAUGGGGUAAGUUGGUCGUCACUAAGCGUCUGAACCUUUCAAAAUUUUGACCAAAAAUUUUAUUUUCUGUUAUUUUAUUACGAAUCGGAAAAAAAUUGACUUGGGGUAAUGACAAAAAUGAAGUUUAGAAAAAAUUGUGUCUAAUUUUUUAUGUAAUUUUACUAUUGUAGACUACUCGUUAUAAGCCUGUUCAUGAUAAUCCUCUUUCCCUAAUCAGCAGUUACUGAAUCCAAAACAACUUCCCACUUUUUUGAAAUUUGUACUAGACAAUCCGUUGUAAGCCUCCGUUAAAAUUGUCAAAAUUACAAACACGAGUAGGAAAAAAUUCAAAAAUUAGCUGGAAAAAUUUACUCUCGGUUUCGCGAAGAUUCUAUAGAAUCUUGUGUAUACUAUAGUAUACAAACACAAAAUAAAUUGAGACAGCGUCCCGACAAAACUUUAAUAUGACGUUUUAAAAUCCCAUUAAAUAAAAACGUCUUAUAACGGGCAGUUGCAGACAAAAUUAAACCCGCGGUAAGAAGACUGAAAAUCCAAAAAUAUUUCCUUACGUCCCCUAGACCCGGAAUUCAACAGAUCGACUGUAUUUUAAAUUUGAGUACAUGAAAAAAAUUACUUUAGAUAAAAUUAAAAAAUUGCCGCUCUUUUCGGGUGACCAACUUACCCCGUAUUUUUUAAAAAACUGAAUAAAUAUUUUUCUGAAAAAU